AUGCCCGAUCACUCGUCGCCAGAAGAUCCAGCUGCUCGCACUGCGGCCGACCUCGCCUACGCCGCCUACGGGGACCUGGUCAAAAUCGACAGCGCGCUCUGCAAGAAGCUCGCGGCCGAAACGGCGCUGCGUGAGCCGACCCAGCGGCGCGUGGACCAGAAGCUCAACAUUGAGCGGCGCAGCAACGUCGAGGCCUUGCUUGCCCACAUGACGGGCCAGACGGCUCCCAAGUCCUGCAAGAACUGCCACAAGGGCCACGGUCCCUGGACCCAGUGCGUUGUGUACGAUGGCCAGAUGUGUGGAAGUUGCACCAAUUGCUGGUUCAAUGCGAGCGGUUCACGAUGCACGUUUCAUGUAGAGAACAACCAUCAGCAACCGCAACCUUUAUUCGCAGCAACCGUCGCCCCAGGAACCAAUCUCCUAUUCUCACAGCCCACCAUCACUCAGCCACCGCCACCCACUGUCAAUAUUUCGACAGAGGCCAACCACUGGGGUCUGUCCGAGUCGACUAAGCAGCUGAUCACCCAGACAAUCACUGACGUGAGCACCUUCUCCCGAAGAGAUCGUUUCCUCGCGAGAAUCGAAGCCGCUGCUAAGGAGCUCGGCAUGCGAAUCGCAGAAUACGAAGAGUUCCUCCGGACUCCAGAGGGUAUUGCGGAGCAGAAUGCUGCCCUCGACAGAGAUCGCACGCAGAAUAGAGACACGCAGGCUACUGAGGCCAUGGAUGAUGCCCCUGCGGACGAUAUUCUUACUUGA